UCCGUGGUGCACGCAUCUCCUCUCCUUCAGCGUGCUCCGCGCCCUUAUCGCCAGCCCGCGAGCCGCCGAGCCUGCGCAGGAGCCGACAACGUCGCGAACGUCGCGAACGGCUCAGGGGGUACCUCGGCAGGGAGGGGGGCUCUCGUAUGGACGCGCGGGGGCGACCGACGCCUGGCCGAGCACCCGCGUAGGCGCCGAUCGGUCGAGGACGAGAGUCCCCGCGACCCUAACCUCCACGGGAGCCCGGGAAGGGACCGAUCCCGGACCCUCGGGAACUCCCGCCGCUCCCGGUCGUCCUAACCCUCGGCCCUCGCGAGGCGCGGCCGCUCCGCUCGACUGCCCCGCCCACCGAGCGUUCAGCUGAUUUUGACAGCUGCCCCCUCUCCGCCACGCAGCCGCGAGGCCCCGGGUGGAGUUACUCGAGUGCUGUGUUCUUGUGCCCUGGGACCCGUGCCACCCCCGGAAGACCGACCAGAGGAUUCCAGUCGCGGGAAGGAUCGCCGAAGGACUCCCUGGAAGAGCGCGAAGACCGGGGAGAGGAAGCUCCCUCGGGAAGAGGACGAAGGAGGUCGAGACGGUCCGGUCGUGCCCCGUCGUAGCGCCAGCCCGAAAAUUCUCUUCUCAAAGCCCAAGAUGGACAUCGAGGUGCAGGUGGCGCUGAACUUCGUGAUAUCCUACCUGUACAACAAGCUACCUCGGCGCCGGGUGAACAUCUUCGGGGAGGAGCUGGAGAAGGCGCUGAAGGAGAAGUUCAAGGGCCACUGGUACCCGGAAAAGCCGUUCAAAGGAUCGGCCUUCAGGUGCCUGAAGACCGGCGACCCGGUGGACCCGGUCCUGGAGAGGGCCGCGAAGGAGAGCGGGGUGCCCAUUCAGGACAUCCUGGAGAACCUGCCGGCCGAGCUGGCGGUCUGGGUCGACCCCGGCGAGGUCAGCUACAGGAUCGGCGAGAAGAGCGCCGUGAAGAUCCUCUACUCGGAGACGGCCGACCCUCACGACGAGACCUCGGCUGACCGCGAGGUGACCAAGACCUUCAACCCCGAGGCCCAGUGCUUCAGGCCCAUCGAGGCCGUCGGCACGUCGCUCGGCGGGUUGAGCCUCAGCCCCAAGUCCACCUCGCCGUUCCCCUCCUCCAUCGGCAGCAACGCCAGCAACGGCUCGUCCAACAACCAGCAGAGCGGCCACGGGUCCGGGUCCUCGUCGGCGCCCUCGCCGACGCCCAUCGGUGGCUCUUUCAAGGGCUCCCCCAGCCCCGUGCCGGCCUUCAUCCCCCGCACGACGGCGCCGCUCACCUUCACCACGGCCACCUUCGCCCAGACCAAGUUCGGCAGCACCAAGCUCAAGACCAGCAGCAAGAGGGCCAACAGGAUGUCGCCGACCGAGUUCUCCAACUACAUAAAGCAGCGGGCGAUGCAGCAGCAGAUCCACCACCACCACCAUCAUCACCAGCAGCAACAGCAGCAGCAGCAGCAGGGGCUGCCGGUGUCGCAGAGCUCCCCCAGCAGCCGAUCGCUGUCGCCGGGCCUGGUGGCCGGCGGGCAGCACACCGACCCGAGUGCGUACUUCUUCCAGCACGGGCCGUACCAUCCGCAGUUCCCCCAACGCAACAUCUUCGACUCCACGAGCCACGGGUACCUGCCCGACCUGUACGGGGCCAAGUUCCCAUCGUCGUACCUGGACCCCGGCUCGCUGGGCCACCAGUUCUACGGAGGAGUGGGCACGUCCCAGGCCUCCGGGAACCUGGGGCCCGUGGGCUCCGGCAGCGCCUCCGCCCCCGGCCAGCAGGAAAAGACCCUCGUCGAGGGCCUGAACAACUUCGGGCUCGGCUCCGUCGCCCCGUACCCUGCCAGCCAGUACCAGCACCUCCUGGUGGCCAACUAAUACCGAGACAGGGUGGGGCUGCGCCUGCGUGCACCGUGUCCAUCCUCGGUGAUGUGAUCGAGCGAGGGAGAGGGCGAGGGCAGAGCACCGCGCAGAGAUAGAGAUCGAGACAGAGGACUUCCUCGUCCGCGUUGGUGAUCCUACCGCAACGACGCAACCUCCACCGUCCUACACCCCAGAAAGUGGAUCCGCGAUCCCCGACCCACGCCGGUCCCGAGCUGGCCCGACCAUCGGCUACCCAUGGCCCAUCGCCGGGCCAGCUCCGGGGCCAGGGGGAGGGAACCACCGGAAACUGGACACCGAUACCGUGAAAGAGACAGAGACGGAGGGCGCGAGAGGAAGGGGCGGGUUUCCGCCGAAAGGAAAGCGGGCAAAAAUCGGAGAGGGGAGAGGGAAGGGGUCUGGAGCUUUGGGAGAUCCACCGAACAUCCGAUACGGACCUGAAAUGCGAGCUUGGCCGGCGAGCGGACUCCGCGUCCCGGUCUCGGCGUCCUCGCCGAGGGCCCGCCAAGCUUCUCUGGGACAGUAAAAAUAUUACCACGUGUAAUAAUUUAUUUUUUCACUGGAAUAGUCGAAGAAUAAUAUAUCUGUAGAGAGCCUAUGUAUAUUAUAUUCAGAAUAUGCACUUGGGGCCUCGCCCUGUCGCCGGCGCCCGGGGGUGCCCCGCGCUCCCUCGUCGGUGCUCGGCGAGCCCGUGUCCUCGGUACGAUCUUACAUUUUAUUUUUAUAACGAAGCAAGGUAGACGUAGAGGCGCGUCCGCGGGUCGCCGCGGCGCCGGCGUCGAACGUCCAGGCCGCGUCCCGGGACGCCGCUCAUCCCCUUCGAGGGUUGACCGGACGCCGCCGCCCCCGGCGGCCUCUCGCGGAACCAUUUAGGCGAAUUAACGUUAUUAAGGCCGCGACGCCCUCGCCGUCGCGGGGGUGCCGCCGCCUCCCCCCGUCCCGGGGGACCGGCCCGCCCCCCGACGCCGGCGUCGCGACGGAGGUGCCGCGAGCCGCGGGCCGGGCACUAGGUGCUAAAAGUAUUAAACGUUAUCCUGGCAUCGCGAUACUGAUUGGGCGCCCCCCUACCCCGGGUCCCUCCUCUCGUGGGGACUUCCAGGACUCGCCCGAAAUCUAUCGCCCUUCUUGAUUUUUUCUUUUUUAUCAAAUGGAAACAUCUACUUUUUAUAUUACGAGAUAGCGGGGGAGGUCGUUGGUAACGUAAUCGGUGACUCCGGAAGAGUCCAGCGGGGGAUUGCCCAGAUUUUGUAGAGCUCGGUUUAAAUAUCCAUAUUUGAUUCUCUCCGGGAAGCUCCCAGGAGAGGGAACCCUAGGAGGGGGGCACGGGUCGAAAAACAAGGUGGAAACACUUCGGAACUAAGGGUAGAAAGGCAAAGAGUCGAGAGGGUUUCGAGGGGACGGGGGAAGACGAUCGAGAGAAAGAGGCAGUACCCUGUAAUAAUAUCUAAACUUAAUUAUACUAUUAAAGAUACGUACGACUGUGGUAGCUAUGCUAGUACCUGCUAUUGUUAAAGAGAACGACGGAACGACGAGGAAACACAAUGAAGGGCUCGACGAGAGGGGGGUGGGGGGUACCUUCGGAGAGGAGGGCGGGAAAAAUAAAUUCGUCGAGUCUUAGGAAUUGGCGUGAAAGGUGUCAUUGCAGCCGCGUUUGAUCGAACCACCCCCUCCUAAGGGGGGGUUUCACCCAACCCCCUGGGGGUUGAAAGGGAGACGAGGGUCGGUGAAAUUUAAGGACAUUUUUUUUUGCCGCGAGCGCUCCGAUCCCCCUUUCUCUUGAGGGGCGGGAUCCUUUCUCCUGGAUUUUCUUCCCCCUCAAGUUUAGGAGGGGAUGGAGCGCCGCGCGAUUACGAUCGAAGUUUCGGAAGGGAAGAUGCACACGGUGGCAACUAAUUUUUGCAAUAAGUCGCGAAUCAAAUGGAAUCCCGGCUUGGGACGAGAGGCUAGCAGCUCUUUGUCGCAGCGAAGAAAUCAAACCACGAUGUAUACUCUUUGAGAAGCUCGCGAAGGCUGGACGAGGAGGGGGGGCAGGAAAAAAAAUUUCCUUUCGGCAAGGUGGAAUUAUGCAGGAAAAAUCGCCAGGGGAGGGAGCGAUCCCUCCGGGGCGGAGAAUACAGAGGGGUGGAGGAACGCACGAGUAGGAGGAAGAGAGAUACAUUGAGAACACAAAACAUAUAGUAUUAUACAUUUACAAUACGAUUAUAUAUGAACACUUUAUAAAGAAUUACGCAUAGUUUUCCAUAACUACUGGAUGUACUCGUUAGAGGGAUUUAAGGAACACCGAUUACACGUUUUAACGGUGUAUACACGUACACACUGUUCGUACACCCGUGUGCACGGAUGAGCAUCCGACACGGCGACGAGACACGGGACGAUCCGGAUCACGGAUGUUAACUAUUAAACAGGAACAACGCAAAUCGGUAAUCUGUCUUUAAAGAAUAUCAAGUGUCUAUUAUAGCGAUCGAUAUUGUCUACGUAACGAUUUAAUGAAAAAAAAAAAAGUAACAUGGUACGUCGUGUAGCUCGUAGUCAUAUUGAAUACCGCAUACGCUAUAUUCUUAUACUUAGACGUGCAGGGGCCGCUGGUAGACGAGGGGACAGGGGGUGGAUUUCCGAAAUCGGGAGCACGUGGCGAAAAUCUAUGGAAAACUCGAGGCAACUUUGUCCGAUCGAUCGUUUGAACGGAUAGAGGUUUUACAUUUUUUUUUCAAAAUUGUUUAGCAAAAAAUGACCGAUCGAGAAGGUAGGAUUUUUAUUUUUUAAUAUUCUCGAUGUAGCAAGAAGUAGAAUCUGGAUUUACAGGGACACUCGGUCGGAACGAAGUCUCGAAGAAUUCCGAUUAAAAGAUGCUCCAGGAUCGGCCAGGAAGUGGGGGAUAAUUAAAAGCUCGGUACACUCUCUGUCAUGUAAAUAGUUAAACGGAAUACACGGAGACGAAUGACGGACCGAGACGAGACGAGAUUGGGACGCGUUUAAACAACGGUGUAACUUUUUCCACUUUUCCCUCACCGACGUGCAAGCUACACACGGACACGUACACACACACGCGCGCGUACGUGCGUACACGAGAACACACCCCUACGACCCAACCUAUCGAUUAUUACCGAGUAAUGAAUUAUAAACAAGAGGAUGAUAAUUAGAUUUGUAAUUAAUUAUAUAUAUUUUUCAAUACUUUAACUACUCGCUGUAUGUAAACUACGCUAUACAUAUAUAUAUAUAAUAUAUAUAGGUGUAUGACGUUGUAUACGCGAAUAUUAUGUAUAUCGGCAACGUAUAUAUGUAAUAUUUGGUGUAUACCGGGUACCAUAUAGCGCCGUACCUUCGAUAGCGAGAAACAAGGAGAACGGGGGGAGAAAGAGAGGAUCGCGAUAAGGCGAAAAGGCGAGUCCUUACGGGGAGGACGAGGGAGACGCCGUUGCGAUUCGUGUCGACGCGAGAGGAGAGAAAACCCCAAAACCUUUUUUUACACCCCAAAACGCCACAUCUGUCCGACCUGCCCUACGUUCGGAGGAUUUCCAAAUUUCCCAUUUUUUAGUCGGACUUUAUAGAAACCGUUAUUUUGACUUUAAAGGUACUCCUUCGCAAUCGUGACGAGGGUUGCCUCGUGAGAGACGAUUAUGGCUAAUUAACACCUCGGGUUGAUUUCUAAUUUUCUUUUUGCUUAAAAUUUCCGUACCCCUCAUUUCGGCCGGACAACGAUCCGAGUUCGAAUACCGCUUUCGCAAGUUUCUACCUCAUAGUCUCGAGAUUUUGUACGCGAAGGGAUAAACCAUGUCCGAUUCGGGAAAAGUAACGAAAACUGGAGCAAAAAUGUCGGGCGUCUCGUGGUUCGAUACUUUCUACUUUGUACUCGUAGUAUCGUUGUUUCCCUAUCACCCACUCGACGUACUAGAUAUUCGCAAGGAAGUCGGAAAAUAAAAGAAAUUCUCUCGAGUCGCUAGAAUGCCGGAUCCUAGAAUUUCUCAAAAAAGAAAAAAAAACCUCGACAAUUCUUUCUAGACCGGGAAAAUAAAAAAAAUGACGAACGCCCUCGUCGCGACGUCAGGAUUUUAUUUUUUAAUAUUAGCGUCUACGCGACGACAUAAAGUAGACGUUGAGGAAAGAAAAAGGGAUACGCGAAAGACGAAGUAGGCUGCCCUGAUUUUUUUUUCUUCCGCAAGUUCCCGGGGAUUUUUUUUUUUAUCGAACUUGAAUUUCCCGCCACCUCUCCCAGGAGAGGGAUUUUUUUCGUUUCCUCGUUUCUCCGGUCCACAGUCCCCGGAGGUACAUCGUUGGCUUUCGAUUUUGUUCCUUUAUUUUUAUACGACCCUUGAGAAAGGGAGGGAGGGAGGUGCGAGGAGGGGGUACAAUUAAAUACAUAUAAAUAUAUAUAUAUAUACACACCGGAGGAAGAAAAAGAUAUGUACUGCUUCUACCAACUACUAGUAUAGUUAGCGUUGUCGUUCUUACUUUAAUACCUACGGAAGGAGUAAUCUUAAGGCCCUUUUUCAUAGUUUGUUAUCGUUGUUUUGUAUGAUAAUUGCAUAGAGACUAGCGAGUGCGAGCGAAAGGGAAGGGGGGAGAGAGAGGGAGAGAGCGAAAGAGCGAGUGCCGGGAGUGCGAGUGCGAGAGAGAAAGGGAGAGUGUGCCGGAUACUAUAUUUUUGUUAACCGAUAAUACAGUGAUUUGAUAACUUUGCACUAGCCGUUCUCGAUUGGCUCUUUUCUUUCUCUUUCAUACUGUUCAUUUUACGUGUACACAUAUAUACAUAUACAUAUACAUAUAUAUAUAUAAACGAUUAUAAAUACUAUACAUAUAUAUAACACGUGUGCGUGUACCGCUACCUUAUGCAUAGAUGAAACACGUCUUUUUCGUUUGGAGCAUGGUUUACCGAGUUGGAUUCUAUACAUAAAAAAAAUGAUACAUGUCGAGCGAGCGAAGAGACGGAGAAAGAGGGAGAGAGCGAGAAAACGCGCGAGGAGAAGAGGAUUCGAGCGGAGGGGAAGGAAAAAAAAAUGGGAAAAGAGAGGGCUCGAUGAAGCAAGUAUCGCUCGCGCGCGAGAGCGACAGAGGGAGAGAGGAAAAA